AAAGAAGGCGGCGAAUUAGGAGGUAGUUGUUCCGGGUUAUUCAGUUGUGCCAGUCGCAUGGUCAGUGUGAUAUCAAACCUGUAGCAAGUGUUACCUCCAAAAAAAAAAAAGCAAAGUAAAAUGAGUAAAGCACACCCUCCAGAGCUAAAGAAAUUCAUGGAUAAGAAGCUUUCGCUGAAACUGAAUGGUGGUCGCCAUGUGCAGGGAAUCUUGCGUGGCUUUGACCCUUUCAUGAACCUGGUUAUGGAUGACUGUCUGGAGAUGGCCUCUGGAGGGCAACAGAAUUCUAUCGGCAUGGUGGUAAUAAGGGGAAACAGCAUCAUCAUGUUGGAGGCUCUAGAGAGAGUAUGAAGGCAGUUUGGACCCAUUGGGAUCACUGUCCAAAAGGGGUGAACAGUGAUCAUACCCUGCUUUUUUCUCAGUUGUAUAACUACUUUUUAUAACUUGAAACCCAUAUAGAACACAAACUGUCACCUCUCUUUAAUUAUUGUUUGUUGCUUCAGAAUCUUUUUAUGAGCUAGGUACCACGCCUUGUGAAUGAUCAGUGGACUUUGAUCAUUUAUCUUUUUCAUAUUUGCGAGAAACAUGCAAGAUGUGUUAAAUAGUGGAAAAAUGAUUGGACAAUUCUAAUUAUUUGCCUGUAAUAAACUGGUAUCUCUCUGG